GCUCGCCUGCCAUGAUCGCGCCCGGCGCCUUCUGCCUCCUGGUCUCCUUGGGCAAGCUGCUCCUCACCUGGGCCGGCCCUCCGCCCCCCACGGCCCCGGACUCCCAGGGCUGGCAGGGCCCCGUGGACUGUGUCCGCGCCAACGAGCUGUGUGCUGCCGAGCCCGGCUGCAGCUCCCGCUACCGCACGCUGCGCCAGUGCGUGGCUGGCCGGGACCGCAGCGCCAUGCUGGCCAGCCGGGAGUGCCAGGCGGCCUUGGAGGUGCUGCAGGGGAGCCCACUGCGUGGCUGCCACUGCAAGCGUGGCAUGCGGAAGGAGCUGGGCUGCCUGCAGGUCUACUGGAGCAUCCACCUCGGCCUGGCCGCAGGGGAAGAGUUUUACGAAGCUUCGCCCUACGAGCCGGUCACCUCGCAUCUCUCCGAUAUAUUCAGGCUUGCUUCAAUCGUCUCAGGAAUGGACCCGGCCGCCAGCCCCAGGAGCAACCGCUGCCUCGACGCGGCCAAGGCCUGCAACCUGAACGACAACUGCAAGCGGCUGCGCUCAGCCUACAUCUCCGUCUGCAACAAGGCGGUCUCCACCACGGAGCGCUGCAACCGCCGCAAGUGCCACAAGGCCCUGCGCCAGUUCUUCGACCGCGUGCCCAGCGAGUACACCUUCCGGCUGCUCUUCUGCUCCUGCAGGGACCAGGCCUGCGCCGAGCGCCGCCGGCAGACCAUCGUCCCCGACUGCUCCUACGAGGACAAGGAGGCGCCCAACUGCCUGGACCUGUGGAACCAGUGCCGCUCGGACAACCUCUGCCGGUCCAGACUGGCGGAUUUCCACACGAACUGCCAGCCCUCCUUCCGGUCCCCAACAGGCUGCCCCAGGGAUAAUUACCAGGCGUGCCUGGGCUCCUACGCAGGCCUGAUCGGGUUCGACGUGAUGCCCAACUACGUGGACUCGAGUGCCAGCAGCCUUACCGUGUCUCCGUCGUGCUCCUGCCGAGGGAGCGGCAACAUGGAGGAGGAGUGUGCGAAGUUCCUGAGGGGCUUCACGGAAAACCCGUGUCUCCGAAAUGCUAUUCAGGCCUUUGGCAACGGCACAGACAUCAAUUUCUCCCCCAGGCCACCCGCUUUGCCGCCCAUCACUGCGCCUCCUAAGACGGAGAAGAGUCCUCCUCUGCCCUAUGACUUCAAUGACACCAACUCUGUCCUGGACACGAGUGCGAGCCCCACUUGCACCUCCGUGCAGGAAAAUGGACCGAAGCCGAACAAGUCCCAAGGGCAGCGCUACUGCCUCCCCGAGAGAUCGCUGACGACCGCACUCGUGACGGAACAGAAGACCUUGGUGGACUCUGCGGGGUCGGGCAGCCGGCGCGUCCUUCCCGGGGCCUCCGUGGCCCUGCUCUUGCUCCUCGCAACGGUCCCGCUAUAGAAGAGACGAGGGAUGAGGCAGCCGCGCUGGGGAGGGGGCCGUGCUGCGCAGGCCCCCCGCACGCAGCCCCACCGGACCGGCAGCUGACCCCGCCUGGCAGAACACCACUUUGGCUCACUUCGCCCGGUGCAUGGCUUCCGAGAGGGGCCGCGUCCGAGCAGGUCCUUCCACAAGUCCGUUUUAACUGUGCAGGGAAAGCGACGCCGGGCUGACGGGUCGCUGGCGAACUCCUCUGAGGUUUUGUGGUCUGAAAUGUCUGGAGCAGGAGCCUGACGCUCCCGUCACGUCUGACGAGGAUUGCAAACGGUGCUCGGCAGGAGCGCACCUGCCUCCGGGGGCAGCCGAGGACCCGGCAGGCAGCUGCACAACCCAGACUGGCUGGCCCUUGCCAGGAGAGGCCCGCGGCCCCCCCACCCAGGCGACUACUCCUCGAGGCCCUGCUUGAUGCCCGUCCUCGCCCGGCCGGGCUUUCACCGUCCUCGGAGAACCCAGAGAAGGGCCCUGCAUUCUCUGCUCAAUGUCGAAGGGGAGGAGAGGCUCCCCGGUGGGGAUUGUGGCAAGCGGGGUGUCCAGGAGGCAGAGGGCAGGCAGCCCUGUGGCUUGACGGGGGCCCUGCCGUCCUGGGCCAAUGUGCGUUUGAGCCGGCCCCCUUCUGGCGAGGCCAGCCGGGCCCUGUGGAAUGAGUGGUCUCGGCCGGGCUCCUCCGCAUCCUUCCUUCUCGUGUCCCACACCUUUUCUAGGACUGUUAUGUUGGAAAGAAAGAACGAGCACAUGCCCUGGUGUGAGGUGGCCCCAUGUGGCAUCUGGGGCAGCUGGCCUUUCUCCUCGGGGUUGGACUGGAUGGAAGCAGCCAUCGUACCUUACUGUCCUUUAAUUAUAUACACACACCUUGCAUAUGUCUGUGGGGAGAGAUCUCCAUAUACAUAUGUACAUAUAAUCAUCCAUGUAUUCUAAAUAACUUCCUGUUUCUUUUCUGUUUUUUAAGGAUAAAAACAACAAGAACGAACAUACA